CCCGCACUAACUAGCUACGUCUAGGGAGCUGUUACAUAGCUCCCACCGGCGCCAAAGCACCACCAAAAAAGGGCCACUGUUCACGGCUCUUCCCGCUCAACAUCUGUCGAACCAUCCGUCAUAGCUGAAGGAAGCAUUUGACCUUUGAUACGUACUAGAGUACACCUGCAUUUGCAUCUCGUGUAAAGAGAGCUAUCUGAUCAAUCAAGACGGAAAUGUCUAGUCAACACUCUCCCGGAACCCCUGAUCCUCACGGCCCUACAACAACAACAACAACAACAACCUUCUCGCUACCACUCCGCCCACGCCUUGCCGGCGCCCAAAGCACAAUGGCCGUCCGUCUUGAACCAGAGCACCAACAGACCACAUCUCUCCCUCUGCUCUCACCGGGCAUCUCAGUCCAGUUCCAUGGCGACCCUACCGACCAUGGCAGGCCGAGACCGGCAACGCCUCCUCACACUCAUUCGGCCCCUCCCCAAAUGCAACCAUAUCCGAGUCCACUGAGACAUCACAAGAGAACCCCGUCCUUCCACAGAGAAGUCAAGGAAACCCUCAAUGCGAGAUCCGAGUACCUGGACGACGAUGUCGACGGCUGUUCCCGCCAACGCAUCAACCAGUAUCUGAUCAAGGACGAGAUAGGCCAUGGCUCUUACGGCGCCGUACGUCUGGCCACCGACCAGUUCGGCAAGGAGUAUGCCAUCAAGCAGUUCUCCAAGGCUCAGCUCAGAAGGCGCGCUCAGUCCAACAUCCUACGCCAUGCACCAAGAGGUCCGCGGAACCAGUCCAUCUCUCGCUUUUCAGAGCAGAGGCUUAAAGAGGCCAAGGAUGCCCUCUUUCUCAUUCGGGAGGAGAUCGCCAUCAUGAAGAAGCUGAACCAUCCCAACCUGGUCCAGCUGUAUGAGGUGUUGGACGAUCCCGAGGAUGAUUCACUCUACAUGGUUCUGGAAAUGUGCAAAAAGGGCGUGGUCAUGAAGAUGGGCAUUCAUGGUUCGGUUGAGCCUUUGCCCGAGGAACAAUGCCGGUUUUGGUUUCGUGAUCUCAUUCUGGGCAUAGAGUAUCUACACUCGCAAGGAGUGAUCCACCGCGAUAUCAAGCCGGACAACCUGCUCCUUACCGAAGACGAUGUCCUCAAGAUCGUCGACUUUGGAGUCUCCGAAAUCUUCCAAAAGACAGAUGAGAUGAAGACCGCCAAGCCUGCAGGCUCACCAGCUUUCUUGCCCCCUGAGUUGUGCGCAAAGCAUGGUGAUGUCUCGGGCAGGGCAGCCGAUAUCUGGUCCAUGGGUGUUACCCUUUAUUGUCUGCGCUACGGCAAGCUUCCCUUCGCACAUGAUAACCAGCUGGAAAUGUGGGAAGCCAUCAAGACCGAGGAGCCUCAGUUUCCACCUGACGAGAAACCCGAGUUUCUUGACUUGAUGCAUAAGAUCCUGGAGAAGGACCCGGCCAAAAGGAUUACCAUGCAUGAGCUCAGGGAGCAUCCUUGGGUCACCAAGAACGGCCAGGAUCCGUUGCUGAGCGAAGAAGAGAAUUGCUCCGAGCCAAUCGAAGUACCCAACGCUCUCGAAGUCAACCAUGCCGUUACCCGGAGAAUGAGCCAUCUGUUCUGUGUGAUGAGAGCAAUCUCGAAAUUUAAGAGCCUCCUCAACCGCAACGGAGCUACGUCCAAAUUACAGACCCCAACCCUCCAAGUCCAACCUGGCAAAAACAAGCCACCAACAGCGGACAUCAACUUUUCCAACACCAACUCCAAGGACUCUCAAAAUGAGGAAUCCACAGCCGAAUUCGCCAGCCGUAUCCUUGAAGAGCGUCGUCGAUUCUUCAAUCCCACCGGUUCUCGCACCUUUGGUAACGACCGAGCCUUACGCGGGCAGUACAACCUCAGCGGUCCUUUCCAUCCCCUCGCCACCGGAAACCCUUCUCCUUCUUUUACACAACCGUCGUCCACCACCACCACCACCACCGCCACCUCAUCCUCUUCCACCAUUACUUUAACCGACACCACGACCAUCUCAGCGGGUCCAGAGACUUCCGAACAACAACAAGAGCAGCAGCAGCAGCAGCAGCAGAAUGAACAGCAACAAAACCAGCAGCCCCAACCACCGCCCCAUCUUGGCAUCGGCGUAGGCGGUGACGACACAAGCUUCGCCAUCAACCCCUCCGACCUCCCGCCCGCCGACCACGUGUCUGAGUCGCCCACCAUGGUCGACUUCAACAUCUAUGAUAACGCAUUCGAAGCCGAGAUUGAGCGGAUCAAGCGGUCCGCUAGCAUUAGUUCUAGUGGCGGCCGUCGUAGGAAUAGUAAGGCUAAUGAACGAAGAGGGACGGGCACAGGCACGGGAACAACGUUUUAUCACACGCGGUUGAAUAAGAAGAAGCAUGAUACUGCUAUCUUGGGGAGUGAUGGCCAAGAAGAGGUGGGGGAGCAGGGGCAGAGGUUGUGGUCUGGGACGGGAAAGGGGGAUGAUGAUAACGUGGAUGGAGCUGGGGAUACGCCGAGGAGUUUGUGGCAGCCGCGAGGGGAGGCGGGAAAAGAGGGGACAAGUGGAUUUGCGGAUGUGGUAGCUAAAGCUAUGGAAGGGAUGAAGGAGUUGGCGGUUGGGGGUGGCGAGCUGGAGGGAGAAGGGAAGGACGGGGAGGGUGGUGGACAAUAGUUGAAGGGGGAGGCAACAAGGAAAACUGCGUGUGUGAGCAAUGAAAUGCUCUAUGGAGGCCUCUGAUUGGGCGGCGCAGUGAUUACUCAUUCUGGUAUAAUUGACCUCAAGUCCGGAGAUCAUCUAGUACCUGGGCGGUUUUGUUUAGAAUUGGCUAUGUAUUCCUACCUUUGGGCUAUUAGAAACACGUCACCAAAUGUUGCUCUUUGGGAGUCAACGAAAGUGCGAGUAUAUAUACCUAGUUCUAUCUUGCAAUAUCUGAAUAGGACAUCUGGGUUGUUUUCAUCAGUCG